GAAGUGACUCAGGGUUUCCGUUGUUGGGGGUCGCAACUGCAAGUUUUCAAACUUGAGCCGCAACUGCAAGUUUUCAGACUCGAGCCGCAACUGCAAGUUUUCCAAUGUCGCCGUUGCAUUUUGCAACGUUGCAAUGUCGAGAGGCAACUUCUGUCUUUUUUUUUGCUUUCAAAUUCUGUCUCAUCAGGGGUUCAAACUGCAUUUUUUUUCAAGAUGGGGUCGCAACUACAUGUUUUCCAACAAGGGGAAUCGCAACGACAUGCUUUAAAGAGGGGAUCGCAACUUCAAGUUUUAACGUGGAAGGUACCGGAUAGUUUGGGAAAUCACUUUUCUCAUUGGUUUUUUGUGGUUCUUAUUUUUUGUUCUUUUUAUUUACCUUUUAGUUUUCUGCUCUUUUUCUUUUUGUUGUUUUCUUUUUUUAUUUUUGUUCUGUUUACAGAUGAGUGUCUACGAGUGGGAAGUUUGGGAAUUCAUUUUUUCUCAUUGGUUUUUAAAUUUUGUUGCUCCUUUUCUACUAAUUCUUUAAUUAUUAUUUUCUUGUGUGUUCAUUUUUUGUGUCUUCAUUUUAUAAUCAAUGGCAUAUUCAUUCUUCCCACAUUUUUUCUAAUUUUUUUAAUAAACUAAUUUCAAAACAUGCCAUAUUUUUUUAUGUGUUAUUUUUCUCAUUUAUUAAUUUUUGUGCCAAAUUAUAUAUAUUCAUGUCGUACCAAAUUUUUUCAAUGCACGUUUUUUUAAUUUUUUUCUACUCCCACUGUACUGUGGACCAACCUCUAUUCUUUUUUUAAUUAGUUUUCCAUUUGUUGCCCAAAGCCGACAACGCACCUGACUGUUUGAAAUGGAGCAGAGAGAGGCCAACACGGCUGUACCCAUCUCUAAACGGGAAGCCGCUCGAGGCGGCAACGGCGACAUGGAGAAGCAGGGCGGCGACCCGUCAGGCGGCGCGCUCCCAUCGAAGGGGCCUGUUACUGUGCUGAGUGCAUCGCAUGGGGAUAAACACAACAGUGACACAUGCUUGGAGCAUGAUGAAAUUAACAAAGCCCAUGGAAUAUUGUUUAAAGAAAAAAGAGAUCCCGAAGAUAUGGACGAUCAACAUCUAUAUGAGGAACAGGGGCAAGAAAUAGAUGAUGAUUUAACUGAAACUGAAGUGUCAGAUAGUCUACUGUGCGACGGUGUGAUAAAUUUGGUAAGAAAGAGUAUUGAAAGGAAACAAACUCGUAAGAUAAUACGAAAGCAAACAACCAAGAGGCCUAGAAAUAUCGAAGAGCCUGUCAACAAACCCCGUGGUCACGUCGGAGCCAAGGCAUACAGCAGAUGUAGUCUGCCAUACUUUGUUGAUGUUGUCAAGUCCACAUGCAAAAGUAAAGAGAAAGUACAACUCGUCAGAGGUAUCGGCUUCGGUUUCACACUUGAGUUCGAUGAGUGUGUCGUACCAAGGCCAUUUGCGCAAUGGAUAGCUGAUAAUGUUUGUGUCAAGGAUGAACAAAUUGUCUUCAAUCAGAAGGUGAUAACACUCAAUGCAGAGUCAGUGUCCCAUGUUCUUGGAAUUCCAGCAGGUGAAAACAACAUCAACAUAACUGAUGAUGGAGGAAAAGCUGAAUUUCUCGCGUUGUUUGGGCUGUCAGAAGUUCCAUCAAUCAAGUAUUUUGGCAACAAGAUCAUCAAGGAGGAGGAGCUAUCUGAUGAACAAUACAUCCGUUGUUAUAUGAUUGUUAUGCUUGCAACCUUCUUAUGCCCAACAUCAAACACUAAACCAAGCACCAAGUAUAUGGGAGCAUUUAUUGAUGUUAGCAAGAUCAAAGACUUAAACUGGUGUAAAUUCACACAUGCAUGGUUGAUGCAAGCAAUCAACAAGUAUCAAAAAGAAAAGGUCAAGCAAAACAGGAUAACAUUAACACUGGGCGGAUACAUUUUUCACCUUGCGGUACAUCUUUUUUCAUGCUUUUCCUAUGGCGCAGAAUUCGAAGUUCAUGCGCAUGAAGCAAGGAAGCGUGGUGUCAAGUAGAUAACAACACAUUUUUACGUGUUUCAGAUUUUUUUUUGUUUCGUUUGUACACUCUAUGGCCAUGUACAAAGUACUAUGAGGAAGAGAAUGAAUGCAAAUGAGUAUGCAAAUAUAUUCGAAGUACUAUGGGGAAGAGAUUUGAAUGCAAGUGAGUAUGCAAAUAUAUUCGAAGUUUUUUUGUAUAGGUUUUUGGGUUCAUUGGAGCAGUUUUCCAUAUUUAUAACAAAUAGAAA